AUGGUUAGUAGUGCGGAGGUUUUGAUUGCAGAUUGUUCGGAGAGAAGGAUAUCACCAUAUUUCCAGGCGUUCUUUAGAGUAUCUUCCCAUAUCGCAACAUAUUUCUGUUCAUCGCUUCCUUUAAUUGGUCUUUGUUCUUGUGUGAUUCUAGCUCUGUACAACGAUUUCGAAAAAGCUACAGAGACCCAUUGUCACACGCGUAAUGUUCUUCCAUCCGUGUCAUCUGCUAUUGGGGACUUUUACUGGGGACGCUUAAUAUGGAGGACUUUAAUCUUCGUCCAUAUUUUACCGCGCAUUUUAGCAGCAUUUGCCUAUGCAAAGUUGUUCACAUGUGGCUUGGAAAGCAUUGUUCACACAAUUUUUCGUUACAUCACAUGUUUUCUUAAUUUACUGGAAUUAUUUUGUUUGUUGAUGCUCAGUGUUGUUUCUUCCAAGGAUAAUCAUUUUCGGCAUGUCCUUGCCUUCUCUGUUUUUCAGGUAGCAGGGAUGGUUCACGGCAUACUGCAUAUUAUCAUGUACCGCAUAUCUGGUUUAAAUAAUUACAGUCCUGUUACACGAAAAUCCUAUAGGGUGAAGAAAGCAUGUUACAAGUGGUCAGCAUUAUUUCUAAUCAUUUGCUCUUUUCUGUAUUAUCGCCACAACAGUAGAUGCGAGCCCUAUGUUUUUUCGGCAUUUGCAUUUUCUGAAUACCUUGUCGUACUGACUAAUACCUGUUUUCAUGCUACAUUUAGAUUCGAUUUCCAUGGUUUAUAUAUUUUUGUGUUUUGA